GCAGAGAAAAGUAUCGGGAUUUGACUAUGGUUGAUUUUCCUGUACCGUCCUCUCCUCUUCCUCUAUCUCUCCGAUAACGUAAACGGCUCGCGGUGUCUCCGAUUUCCCUCUAUGCCGGCGCCGCCGAACCAGUAACGACCUCUCUCAUUUUGUUUAAUUUGAGGGAGAUACAUGAAAAAUUGACAUCCAUAACCUGGAAGCUGUGCUAUUUGGCUUGACUGGUUGUCUUUCUAUGCAAGGGAUACAAAAUGAUAGGAUCCUUUAUUACCAGGGCACUUGUGAUGGUUUUGGGCUAUGCCUACCCGGCAUAUGAAUGCUACAAAGCAGUUGAAAAAAAUAAGCCAGAAAUUGAACAUCUUCGCUUUUGGUGCCAGUAUUGGAUUUUGGUAGCUGUUUUGACAGUAUGUGAAAGAAUCGGUGACACUUUUAUAUCAUGGGUCCCAAUGUAUAGUGAAACUAAGUUGGCGUUUUUUAUAUAUCUGUGGUACCCGAAAACAAAGGGAACAACAUAUGUGUAUGAUUCCUUCUUUAGACCAUAUCUUGCGAAACAUGAGACAGAAAUUGACCGCAACUUGUUGGAACUAAGGACAAGGGCAGGAGAUAUUGCAGUUUUGUAUUGGCAAAAAGCUGCAAGUUAUGGCCAGACUAGAGUAUUUGACAUUUUGCAGUAUGUUGCUGCCCAAUCAACACCACCCUCUCGCCCCGCGCAGCAACAACCGGCUGUGAGGGUCCGCCAACCUGCAACUAGCAAUAGCCAACCAGGUGCUGCUGCAGCAGCACCCCGAGCUGCGGAUCCAUCUUCUUCUACUUCUAGCUCAUCGUUAAAUCAGCAUCAGAAGGAAAUUGCAGAGGAGUUGAGUACUUCCCAAGUGCCUAAAGCAACCUCCUCUUUAGCAAGUGCAAGUACUCAGAAGUCCAAUCUCACACCUGAAUUGACCAACCAAUCUGCACCUACAGAGGCAGAGCCAAUGCAGAUUGAAGCAUCCUCUUCUGCAAAUGAAAAUGCAAACCCUCCUCCAAAAGAAACAAUGAUGGAUGAAAGCAUUAGGGUUACACGGGGAAGACUAAGAAAAAAUCGAUCAAUAGGAACCCGUUAGGGCUUUCAAUAUUUUCAAUUUAUAACAUGAAAAACAGGGUAGGUUGAUAUUUAUGGGCAUUGACUUGUUUGUAAAACUUUAUGCUAAUCAGCUGUCUCAGUCUUCAUUCCAUUUGUUGCAUUAUUUUUUAUGUUUUUGCAUCUGCUGGCCUUAAUGUUACCUUGUAUUGGAACAAUGCCACCUUGUACAUACACCAUAUAUGGAAUGGAAGGCAGAGCCACAUGUCUACA